CCUCCUUUCCUGGGCUGUACUGCGAGCAUGCGCGCUGAGCGCCCUCUCGCCACCACCCAUCAGCUGAGAAUUGCCGCUGGGGGCUCUGGGGCGGGUGGAUGACCGUGGCCGCAGGUGGAGGAGGAAGCGGAGGAGUCGGGAUGACUGCUUAGAAAACCAAACAGCUCACCAACAUCAGAUGAAAUUAGUAAGCCAACAAAUCAGCCAUGUCUUACACUCCAGGAAUUGGUGGAGACCCUGCCCAGCUGGCCCAGCGCAUCUCUUCCAACAUCCAGAAGAUCACACAGUGUUCUGUGGAAAUACAGAGGACUCUGAAUCAACUUGGAACACCUCAAGAUUCACCUGAAUUGAGGCAACAGCUGCAACAGAAGCAGCAGUAUACUAACCAACUUGCCAAAGAAACAGAUAAGUACAUUAAAGAGUUUGGAUCUCUGCCCACCACCCCCAGUGAACAGCGUCAAAGGAAAAUACAGAAGGAUCGAUUAGUGGCUGAAUUUACAACAUCACUAACAAACUUUCAGAAGGUCCAGAGGCAAGCUGCUGAAAGAGAGAAAGAGUUUGUGGCGCGAGUAAGAGCCAGCUCUAGGGUAUCCGGCACUUUUCCUGAGGACAGCUCAAAAGAAAGGAAUCUUGUAUCCUGGGAAAGCCAAACUCAGCCUCAAGUGCAAGUGCAAGAUGAAGAAAUCACAGAGGAUGACCUCCGCCUUAUUCAUGAGAGAGAGUCUUCUAUCAGGCAGCUGGAAGCUGAUAUUAUGGAUAUUAAUGAAAUAUUUAAAGAUUUGGGAAUGAUGAUUCAUGAACAAGGAGAUGUGAUAGAUAGCAUAGAAGCCAAUGUAGAAAGUGCAGAGGUACACGUUCAACAGGCAAACCAGCAGCUGUCAAGGGCAGCAGAUUACCAGCGCAAAUCCAGAAAAACCCUGUGCAUCAUCAUUUUAAUCCUUGUCAUUGGAGUUGUGAUUCUCGGUCUCAUCAUUUGGAAAUUCACAAGCUAAAAUUAUAAAGGAGCACACCAUUGCACUACAUUGUCUAAAUUAUGUAGGAAGAUCCUGUAAUCAUGUUUUUAUUAUUAUUUUCAAGCUCUUGCAUUAAGGAUGGUUCUCAUACUUAUUUUUAUUGUCAGGGGGUUCCUUUGGAUUAAAUCUGAUAUUUUCUAAUACUGAAACUUUUUCUAAAUAUUGCUGGUGAAACUUCCAUACUUUUUGAUUUAAUAACUGUUAUUUUUCAGCCCACAUUGUAUAUGCCUUGCAUUUAUAAUUUAUUUGCCCGAUCUCACUUAGUUUUUAGAAUUAGUACAUUUAAAGGUGUAAGUGUUCUGUUCACAUCUGUCACUGUGCAACAUGCACCUGAUUUAUGUUACUGUAAUUAAAAUACUCAAAUUUAAUUUUGAUUUGGGUCAGCAGAGGAAAUAUCCUUGAGAACUUAAAAAAUUAACCUGUCAUUUUGUGGUGUUGUUUUUCUAGUUCACCACAGCACAAUUUCUAUUUCACUUUUAUUGUUGGGUUUCUUUUAAGACCUUUGAUUUCUCUGAAUAAAAUGGAUGAAUAAUUUCUUCGAAUCUCUCAUGCACCUGAUGUGUAUAUAUUAAGCAUUUGCUGUAGAUUGCCUAGUGAAAAUACUAAUAGAUUGUUUUUGCAUCUGGUCUAUUUAAGUCUGAUGUUUACUAGGGAAAGUGUAAUUACUACAAAUGUCUGACAUAAUUUGGAAGAAAAGUAUGGAAAAUCCAUACCAGUAUCCAUUCUGUCUUAUCUUAAAAAUCCCUACUUGUUAUUUCACUCAACUAUCUUAACAAUACCAUCUGGUUUUGUGGGUCUUUAUCUCUUUUUCUUGUAUCCUAUAGAAUAAGGAUUAUAUACGUAUUUUGGGGUCAGACUUAUUUUUAGGAAGUAACUUUCCCACCAUUGUUGGUUUUGAGUACCUGAAACUUAAAAUUUAUUGUUUAUGUUGAACACCAUUUUGUACCAUCCUUCAUCAGAAAAGGAAUUGGAUGUUUGCUAGUUAACUCACUUGCCUUUUCUAAUCAAUGUUGUUUUAAUGCACUAAUCUGAAUACUGUAAAGAGGAAUAUCUUAGUUUAUAGUAUUUUAUAAUGUUCUUAUUACAGUAGUUUGUUAGUGAAGGCAGUGUUUAUUAUGACACCUCUGAGACUUCAAAUGAAAACAAACAAAAUAUUACUUAACUAAGUAGAUUGUAUCCUUGCAAACAAAAUAAAGCUGAUUUCAAAGUUC